AUGGAGAGCGACGAGUUCCUGCCGCAGAUGCGGAUCACCGACGCCCCUCAGGACUACUUUGACCUGGACGCGAUUCUCGCGUGCGCGCCCACCGUGCCGAUGAAGCUCGACGAGCGGACGCCGCCAACGAUAUUCCCGCUGUUCGGCCACAACGCGCCGGCGUCGAUUGGGCCGCGCGGGAUCCGGGUCGACAUCCCGUUGUGGAUGGCGCCGGCUAUUGUCGAGGGACAGUUAGGAGUUGCACAAUACCCGACCGGCUACAACCAGAACUACCAAAGCGUGCUCAACUGCAACCCCGAAUCGACGCCGAUCAGCGACAUCAAUCACUACUAUUAUACCUUUGGAAGCUCGCUAUGCCGGAUACUACCGCUCGACCUGGCGACGCCGCUGUCGGCCUCGGUGUUGAACACUUGGGUCCAACGAGCCGGCGGAUUCGUUUCCCGACCAUUGCAGGGCCAAACAAAAAUUGACGGCGCUACCCAGGAAGAGCUCGUCGUCUUCCAGAAGGGCGUAAAGGCAAAGGAGAAAUUUGACAACUGGCGACGCGACGUGAAAGUGAAGGGCUCGAACAAACGGAAGCUGGCCGCCUACAAUCGA